CAUUGCAAUUACAGCCUGCCCAAUACCCAAGACCAAAAAGGGGACAAGGCAGUUCCGGGGGUUUUCUGGCUAUUAUCAAAGUGAACACCACUUAGUCCUACUCGGGAUCACAAAGGUUUUAUCGUCCACAGCAAAUCUUCAGUCAACACCACUCAGUCCUGUUUGCUAUCACAACGAGAGUAGAGAGAUGAACAGGAGCCGAGCGGAUAUUCUGUUAGAUCUUGUACCGCAGGAGGAGCUGAUUCGUUUUUUUCGCUGCAAGAAGACAGAGAUCUCAUAUGGCAUAGACGAACCGCUCCUUUUCCUCAACCAGCUCCGAGACCACGGUCUGGUACCUGAGGCUCUCUACCAGAAAGUCAUAAAGAUGAAAAGUAAGGAGAGAAAGCAGAAUGGUGUGUAUAAGAUUUUGGAAUGGCUGGAGAAGGAGCGAGAGGACUGUAUGAAGCUGUUUUGGAGUUGUGUGUUUCAGGAGCACAUCCUGCAGAAAUAUCCUUUUCUGCGCUCACUCCAAACCAGCUUUCUGGACGGAACUCACAGGAUUAAUGAACAGCUGCCCAGGGCAGAAAAGCUGACAGGAAAUGAGGAAAAGAAGGCAGAGCAAAAGAAAGUUGGAACAAAGAGAAAGAACAGUGCUGAUGAGACAGAGGAGGAGGGUGCAGCUCCUUCUGUGUCCAGCUCCAGCCAGAAGAAGCCCAUGUUAUACCCUAUUUCCGAGAUGGGGGAUUCCAGUGAUGACUUCGAAGAGUUCAGCGAAGAACAGGACAGGGAACAAGAAGAAGAGGAGGAAGAAGAGGACAGGGAACAAGAAGAAGAGGAGGAAGAAGAGGACAGCGAGCCAGUGGCUCUGUUUGAGGCUGCUGUUUUACCAGUCAGCUGUGGUUCAGUCAUUGGGGUUUUAGAUAAAAGCAGAUUUGCCGGGUUACAUUGUAAGAGCAUUCGUACAGAUGAGUGCUGGUGCACCCCUGAGGAGUUUGUAAAGCAGGGGUUAACUCUGACAGACGGCCACUGGAAGAAAGAUAUACUGUGUCAUGGCAAAACCCUUGUGUACCUGUUGAAGAUGAAAAUCCUGGAUAAGCAUCCACUGGGGUGUCGCUGUCAACUGUGCUGUCCUAAGGACCCACGGCACCAGGAUAAAGAUGAUCUGUGCUUCAUUUGUAAUGCUGGAGAAAAUGUGGUGUUCUGUACCGGAUGUCCACGAGCUUUCCACCAUCAAUGCCACUUACCAACACUACAGGACACUGCACUUGGGAGCAAUUGGAUGUGUACUUUCUGUGUGUUAAAGACUAACCAGAGUCUGUGGAUUCCGAAGAGCAGGAACGAUGCUUUGAACAGUCCUAUUUCCGGAAACAUCAUGCGCUGUCAAUAUUUGCUGUUGCAUUUAUAUAAGCAGGACACAAAGUGUGUGUUUACUACCGAUCCCUCACAAAAAGAGGAGAGAUACAGCAGUGUGAUUUCUAAUCCCAUGUGGUUGAACAAGGUGAAGACCAAACUGCAGAAAAACAAGUAUAAAACAGUGAAAGAGUUUGUGAGUGACAUUAAUCUCAUCUUCAACAACUGCCAAACUUUUAACAAGGAUAAUAAGUUCGGCAAGAUGGGAGCCAUAAUGAAAAAGAUCUUUCAGGAGGAGUUUGACACCAUCUUUAAAAUCCAGUAGCAUUUUUCCUCUUUCACAAACCUGCAUUUCAUUGGAAGAUUUAUAAUCAAAAGACAAAUACUGAUGUUAUUAUUAUUAUUAUUAUUGUUGUUAUUAUUUGCAUAUAACAUUGUUAGCAUCUGAUUAUUUAAUUUAACUUAUCUUCUAUAAUCCUUCUUGUUUAUUAUUGUGUUAGGUUACAGGUCUGUUAGGAUUUGUCUAAUUUGUGCAACCUGGAUACUAAAAAAAGUAUAUCUGAUUAUAUAUAUAUAUAUAUAUAUACAGCUUUAUAAUGUUGUAUGCAUUUAUUAUUUCAUGAAUUAAUGGUUUUAUAAUAAUUUCAUUUCAUCUUAAUAUGUUAGAUUUCUUAUUGUUUCAUUUCAGCAUUUAUAGUUUCACUUCCUUAUAUUGCAUUUAAUUUUUGAGUGUGUGUGAAAUGAUUUAUAAGUGUGCUUUUUACUCUAUAACAAUACACUCUGUGAUAUAUAUUUUUUUUACUUUUAAAGACAAUCAAAACCAGACCAAUUCAUAUCUUGUUGGCUUGCAUUCUUGGUUAAACUGAGCUUAAUUCAAUUAAAAUAAUAUAUAUAUAUAUAUUUGUCUUUAAUGAUCCAGUGAACUGCAUUGAUUUGCCAAUGUGAAAGUCGCAGACACAACGAAAAGUAAUAAAUAAAAACAUCAAGGAUGUGUUGAGAUGUCUACUUUACAAAGUAAAUUUUAAUAGAUAAAACCAAACACCCUGCACAUGUGGUGUUUCACGUGGAGUUUCAGGUUUAUUUGUACAUUCAAUGAUUUAUUUAUAUUUAUAUUUCACUUUGCUCCUUAAACUCAAACACUAAACCUUUUGUAUUAAAGAGCAAUGAUAUUAAUAUGCAAGCUCUAGAAAAAGUGCCAAAUAAAACGUCUUUGCUUUAUUCUCUUUUGUGCACCAUUAUCACUACUUCACUGUUGGUCAAAUUCAUCUUCUUAGAUCUUUUAACAUGCUUCAUAUCAUCCACAGAAAGCAGUGCUGUUAACAAGGUACUCUUUACUGGGCUUUUUAAAAGGAAGUUGUUUACCUAGGACCAUAUCUGAACAUUUGGGGACCCCAAGCGACAGUUAACUCAGGAGCCCCUCCCCCACCUCAAUCAUAUUAUUUUACUUGAACGACUGAACAGAAUUAAUACAUCGAUGUGGGAAAAACACAUCAAAAUACAAAUUUACAACAAAAUAAAUAAGUUUGACAAGGCCACAUCAGCAUUUUGUGAGACUCUCAAAAGCUGUCAUCAAAUACAGUGGCAAGAAAAAGUAUGUGAACCUUUUGGAAUUUCAUGGUUUUCUGCAUAAAUUUGUCAUAAAAGUUGAUCUGAGCUUCAUCUAAGUCAAGGAUAUUAACA